ACCCAGCAGAGGUGUCCCAGAGGCAAGCCUUUCAGGAGACAAGGAGAAUGCAUUCAGGCAAGACUGCACUCUCAGACGAGAAAACCAGCAGCAGGAACGUCUUCUGCUGUCUGUGUUGCCUCGCCAUGUUGCCAUGGAAAUGAAAGCAGACAUCAAUGCUAAGCAGGAGGAUAUGAUGUUCCACAAGAUUUAUAUCCAGAAGCAUGAUAAUGUAAGUAUCCUCUUUGCUGACAUAGAAGGAUUCACCAGCCUGGCUUCUCAGUGCACCGCUCAGGAACUAGUCAUGACAUUGAAUGAACUAUUUGCUCGAUUUGACAAACUUGCAGCUGAAAACCACUGCCUGCGGAUCAAGAUUCUAGGCGACUGUUAUUACUGUGUGUCUGGUUUACCAGAGGCUCGAGCGGAUCAUGCCCACUGUUGUGUAGAGAUGGGUUUGGACAUGAUAGAGGCCAUAUCGCUGGUAAGGGAAGUGACUGGCGUAAACGUCAACAUGAGGGUUGGAAUUCACAGCGGACGCGUACAUUGUGGUGUCCUUGGACUGCGCAAGUGGCAGUUUGAUGUGUGGUCUAAUGAUGUUACGCUGGCUAAUCAGAUGGAAGCUGGAGGAAAAGCAGGGCGUAUUCACAUCACAAAGGCAACACUCAACUAUUUAAAUGGAGAUUACGAGGUAGAGCCAGGCUGUGGGGAUGAACGAAAUGCCUAUUUGAAGAAGCACAACAUAGAGACCUUUCUCAUUGUGCGCUGCAGCCAGAAGCGGAAAGACGAAAAGGCCAUGAUCGCAAAGAUGAACAGGCAGCGCACAAACUCUUUAGGGCACAACCCGGCCCACUGGGGGAUUGAAAGACCGUUUUACAACCACCUUGGAUCAAACCAGGUCUCCAAGGAAAUGAAAAGAAUGGGUUUUGAAGAUCCUAAAGACAAGAACAUCCAGGAAAAUAUGAACCCAGAGGAUGAGGUGGAUGAAUUUCUCGGACGGGCUAUAGAUGCAAGAAGUAUUGACCGGCUGCGCUCAGAGCACGUGCGCAAGUUUCUGCUAACGUUCCGUGAGCCAGACCUAGAGAAAAAGUAUGCCAAGCAAGUGGAUGAUCGCUUUGGAGCUUAUGUUUCCUGUGCAUUUAUAGUCUUCCUCUUUGUGUGCUUUGUUCAGAUCACCAUAGUACCACAUUCUACCUUCAUGCUGGGGUUCUAUGUGGCCUGCCUGCUGAUCCUACUCAUAGUACUGAGUGCAUCACUCAUCUACUCCUGCAUUAAGACUCUAUCCAAGAAGAUCGUACAGUCCAGAGUUAACAGCACUGCAGUGGGCGUCUUUACCAUUAUCCUGGUCUUCCUCUCUUCAUUUAUUAAUAUGUUCACAUGCAGCACUGAGAAUCUCUACAGCUGUCUGGCCACAGAAUUUAAUGUAAGCGAAGCCGAAGUGACUCCCUGCAUGCUAAAAAACAUAUCCCAAAACUACAGCCUGGACACCGCAUGGGGAUUCUGCGGGGGCUCAUCCCCUAACUGCAGCUUUCCAGAGUAUUUCACUUUCUGCAUCAUGCUCAGCCUCCUCGCCUGCUCAGUGUUUCUGCAGAUCAGCAGCAUCGGGAAGCUUAUACUAAUGCUGACUAUUGGUUUUGUGUAUGUCCUGAUUCUGGAGGUCUUUAAAGUUGUGCUGUUUGACAACGCUGACUUAUUGGUGACUGCAAAUGCUAUACAAUUUGACAACAGUACUACAGACUGUCCAACAUUUGUGUCAAGAGUGGAGCUGAAGAUUGUCACCCCUAUCAUAAUCACUGUGUUUGUGUUGGCUCUGUAUCUGCAUGCUCAGCAAGUAGAAUCCACCGCAAGGCUGGACUUCCUGUGGAAGCUGCAGGCCACUGAAGAGAAGGAAGAGAUGGAGGAACUUCAGGCCUACAACCGCCGUCUGCUACAUAACAUCCUUCCCAAGGAUGUAGCUGCUCAUUUCCUGGCACGGGAGAGGCGUAACGAUGAGCUGUAUUACCAGUCUUGUGAGUGUGUGGCUGUCAUGUUCGCAUCAAUCAGCAACUUUUCCGAGUUCUACGUGGAACUUGAGGCCAACAAUGAGGGAGUGGAGUGUCUGAGGUUGCUUAAUGAAAUCAUUGCUGACUUUGAUGAGAUCAUCAGUGAGGAUGAGUUUCGACAGCUAGAGAAGAUUAAGACGAUCGGCAGCACAUACAUGGCAGCUUCAGGUCUGAACGACACAACAUACGACAAGGCCGGGAAGUCCCACAUCAAGGCACUGGCGGAUUACUCAAUGAGACUAAUGGAUCAGAUGAAAUAUAUUAAUGAGCAUUCCUUCAACAACUUCCAGAUGAAGAUAGGGUUGAACAUAGGACCAGUGGUAGCCGGUGUUAUAGGAGCACGGAAACCUCAGUACGACAUUUGGGGGAACACAGUGAAUGUGGCCAGUCGCAUGGACAGCACGGGAGUACCUGAGAGAAUACAGGUAACUGCGGACCUCCAGCAGGUUUUGGCAGCCAAUAACUACUCAUUGGAAUGCAGAGGAGUCGUGAAGGUAAAAGGCAAAGGAGAAAUGAUGACUUACUUUCUAAAUAAAGGACCAUCAAGCAGUUAGCAAACAGGAAGCACUGGACAAAAUGAGAGAAGCACUUGUCAUUGUAACUUUUGUACACAGACAGUAUAAAAAAAACAGGAGCUACUUGUUUUGCACUGAUAAACAGCAUUGUCAGUUCUGUAGACACCUCUCCACAUGAGGAUACUGGCAGCUUUACUAGACUGUCAAUAACAGUCCAAUUCUCCCUCGGCCAAUGAGUGAAUACUUACAUGACCAAAGAUGUUGCUUGGGCAUAUGCAAUAAGGUGCCCCAAAGAAAAGUGCAAGAUGAAGGAAUUAAAGUAUUGCUCCACGAGCAACCGAAGGAAUACAUAAUGGUACCAGAGCACCAACAAAGUACUCGUCAUCAGAUUCAUUUGUAGGGUGUUCCUGAAAAAAAUAAUUAGGACGUCAGGUCACUAAUUCUCCGCUAUCUAGAUCACAAGUUUUUCCCUUUCACUAGUAGAUAGAUUAACAAGGAAAUGAUGAAGAUUAAGCUCUAUUUAUUAUAGCAGAGUCUACUGGGAUUCUCCUGCUAGAUAUCCGUAUGCUCAGUAAUAUGUGUGAACCACAGACUUACAAAGAUCUAAUGUGCAUCUUUUUUGUAAUUAUAUUUUGUAAUAUUGCAGCGUGAAGAUCUAGCAUAUACACAGAUUAUAUAUUUUGUAAAUUAUAUACAAAGGGGGGUAAGGGGUUAAUCCGAGCACAUUUAUGAGUAUUUUGAUUCUGUAUAGUAUGAUGUGCUUACCUCUGGUAAAUAAGACUUGGUAGUUUUUUUGGCACAAUAUACAAUAUAGACUGCACUUUGAUUCAACAUUAUUAUAGUGGUGUAAUCAAAUAUAUACAAAAUAUGAGUGAUAUUUUAACCUAUUAAUAAAUUAAAUAGAACACAGUGAAAAGCAAAACGUAUUUAACUAAGAAAUAUAAGAAAUAUUACUAAUGAAACAUUGAGGGAUUCUCUCUUUUUAAGUGCAACACUGUGCCGUUAUGGGAGCCUUUAGCUUACUGACCGUGCAGUAAUUUAGACAGUGGGAAAUACUGUAUAUUGUCUUCCUAUACAACUGCCAAGUCUGCACAUAUAAUAUAUAUAUAUAAAUAUUUGUUCCGCCACAUUUCUAGUUACUUUUUUGGUAUUAUUUAUGUCAUGUUUAUUUGUCCUCUACAAGUCCACUUGUUUAUAACAAAUAAGUUUGCAGAUUUCAGUUUGUGCACUCACCUUCAACUAUUUAUCACAUCAGCAAUUUCAUUUGUUGAUCAGUUGGUGCAAUAAAAAUUUCCCAUGGAAAUGGAUUAACUGUUUAACCAUUAAGCACAUUAAAUUCCGUUCCAUUGC